UGUAUAACGUGUACUUAUGCUCCUCUUCCCUUUGAAGACCGACCGACUGCGACUAACCAUCAGGAAGUGCACGACGCGUUUCACGCUCGAGAAGACGCCCCCGACGCUCUCCCAGCUCUCCAGUCGUCGUCGCUUGUUUUUUCUCUCUCGCUCACUCGCCGCGUGUUUGCUGCAUACGUAGCCGCGCCCUCGCACACCACCUACCAUACCUUACACACCGAAUGGACACAACCAUCAAAAGCAUAUAUUUCUCCUGUUGCCACUUAACCUUCUUCUUCUACUUCUUUUCUCCGCCGGGCGACUCCGAUUUUUCAGGAUACACUUAUACCGACUCCCAUUCUCCCCUCCUCCCGUACACCGCAUUCUUUGGGCCUCCUCCGUUAUUGUGUAGUAGGUAUCCACGCCGUGUUUUGUGAAUAUACGUUAGACCGCAAACGCUGGACUGUGUUGACGAUGGGAGAUUGAUUCUCGAUCUGCUAACCUUAAUCGCGCAUCGAUGGGACACUCAUCUGCGGUCUGUCAGUGCUGAUGGUGCCAGCUGUGUAGGAAGUUUGCCAGCAGGAUGGGCAAGCUCUUGUCAAAGAUCUUUGGCAACAAGGAGAUGCGCAUUCUCAUGCUGGGCUUGGAUGCGGCCGGCAAAACUACCAUUCUGUAUAAACUCAAAUUAGGACAGUCAGUGACAACCAUACCAACCGUAGGUUUUAAUGUGGAAACUGUCACAUAUAAAAAUGUCAAAUUCAACGUGUGGGAUGUGGGUGGCCAAGACAAAAUACGCCCAUUGUGGCGUCACUACUACACGGGCACGCAGGGACUAAUUUUUGUGGUCGACUGCGCCGACAGGGAUCGAAUUGAUGAAGCGCGUCAGGAGCUACAUCGAAUUAUAAAUGAUAGAGAAAUGCGAGAUGCCAUUAUCCUUAUUUUUGCCAAUAAACAGGAUCUUCCAGAUGCAAUGAAGCCGCACGAGAUCCAGGAGAAGCUCGGUCUGACGCGAAUACGAGACCGUAACUGGUACGUCCAGCCGUCCUGCGCCACAACGGGCGACGGACUCUACGAGGGCCUUACGUGGCUGACCAGUAAUCACAAAUUAUGAGCGAACGGCUAAGCUCUCUGUCAUCAAUCCUCUCUUCUCAGAUUAACAAUUGCAACGCGGCGCCGCGCAGGUCAUGUGUAUAAUAAAAUAAACUGCCUCAAAAUGCAAACAAGGAAUAUAUAAUAUGCGAUUCGUCGGGGCCGCUCCGAGCCAACGGUCGGGCCGCCUAGGAGAGAAAGAGAUUCUUCAAAAAGUGAAAAAAUAAGGGAUAACGGGAGAUAACGAGCGGGAAGAGUGACAGUUAACGAGUGUGCACGAAACAAUGUGGUCUUUUUUCUCAUAGUUUUGAAACCGAGUAGCAGUAGUAGCCGCUAUCUUUUGGUGGACGCGUUCAUUUUUGAUCGAUCAAUUAUUCGGAGGAUCAUUUUUCAGGGAGAUAAACGGUGUAAAAAAAACCACAAAAGAAUAAAAAUAGGUGAAGUUUGUAAAAUUCGUUGAUAUAGCUCGAUAUAUAUUUAUUAAAUAUAUAUAUUUAUCUUAUCUUCCUGCACUCCCUUGUAUAAUGUCUAAGAUGUCUUGGAUGAACGUAAUAGUCUUGUAAUAAAAUUAUGAAAGAAAAAAACGUAGCGCCAAGUUCAAACGUCCGGUAUGAUUCUGCUUUUAGCUUUUGUACGUGCAUUUUCUUUUUUGUACCUUGUAUCGAUGAUGAUAAUGAGCGAACCAAUUGAUUAACACCGUGCGCGUGAAUGUAAGAUAUAAAAUUUUACAUAGGAACUUGUGACCACAUUUUAUCGAACACUUCCACGUACUUGUUAUUAUAAAGAGAAGAAACAAGAAGCAGACCAUACGGAAAGGAGGAAACUAGAGAUUAUUUUUAUGUGUCAUUCGUCGAGAGUAAGAUGUUUGCGUGGAAAUGCGAGCAUUUGUUGAAACCGAGGUGUAUAAAAAUCGUUUGUUUAGUAGUUCUUAAGAGUCAUCACUUAUACGGUUCGAAGGGUCUUCAAAUUGUGAUUUAACGGGACCAAAAGCUGAAAUUUCGAAUUUGAAAUUUAAGUGCAAGUCUAUAGUUGAAUGAUCAACGAAAAUAUACAAAUCGAUGCUGUAUAUUUUUAGUAUUUUUAGGUAAUUGUUAGUUUUGAUUUUUAAAUUCAAAAUUUAAAAAUAACACUAAAUUGUUGUAAGUUGAAUUAGAGUACAUUAUCACAAACGCAUUUAAAAUACCUUGUUUCAAUGCUGUUUAUGAUAAAUGAAUUCCACUAAGAUUCAAAGCUUCAGCUUUUUGUGAAUUACUUUAAACCAUAAGUUGAAGACCAUUUCGUAGAUUAAGAAGAGCGAUUAUAAAGAGAAAAAGAAAUAAUAUACAAGCAAAAUAAUGGGCUAAAGUAAUAAUUACGAGUAACCAUCGCAAAGGGGCUUAUUUAUUUUUCAUUAAUAACAACGUUACUAGCUCAUGGUACCAAUCGCAAUUUGCGCUUCGGGCGGACUGGCGAGUAAUCGUAGUUAUAUUUUAGUUUAGUUUCAUCCUCACGUGAAAUGCUCGUCGAGUCCCCUCCUAUUGUCGAGAAUAAUAAAAAAAGUAAAUGUAUAAAUGAAACGAAGACUUUUCUCUCUGACGAGGUAUUGUGCCGAGUGUUAAUUUUAAUAAGAAAAAAAGUAAUAUGCAAAAUGGAACUAAACCACGUCGAUUUAAGCACCAAAAGAGGAAAACACUAACGUAGCAAAUUCUAGGUUUUCUGCGACUGUCAAUAUUAUUUUUUAACUCGUAUAAAUAUACUCUCUUACGUACAGCAAAGGUGUUCAACACUUAUCAUUUAUUGUCAAGGGGGUAUAUAUAGUUUAACAUGAAGGAUCUAUACCAUUUUUGAGGGGAAAUGUUAUAAAACUUAGAAUUAUAAAUGUUACUAGGACAAUGUCAUUUUAAAUAUAUUUUAUAGCACUGUGGCUAAAAUCCGCUGUUAAGUCACACCUAUCUGUGACUAAAGUAGUCCUUUUUUGCACCGUGUUUAUCACACUAGCUACGCUCGUGCGCUAACCUCACGAUGCAAAUAAGGACUACUUUAGUCACGAAUAGGCGAGACUUGCGGACUUUAGCAGUCUAUGCUAUAAAAUUUUAUACGAUACUCUUGACUUAAAUGGUUCAGUUUUACACGGCGCUUAGCCUUCUUCUUAAAGAAGAACCAUUUAAGUCACACGUAUCGUAAUGUACUAUUAUUAAGGAUUCUGAACUCCUUGAAAUCUUGCAAUGGAUAAUUAGUUCACUAGAAAAAUAUUGUUAGAUUAAAUUUAACAAUGUCGCUGAAUUCACCAUUAAUAUUAUCGCAUUAUUAUUUAAAAAAAUUAUGUUCAUCGUUUGCAAAUGCUUGGCUAGAGUUUGUCCCUACAAACUGUAUAGCUUCUCGAUUUAUUUAAAGAAUAAACUUUCUACAAUAGUUAUAAACCUUUCGUUUAGCGUUAAAAUAAAAGAAAAAUCUAAAAUAUAUGCGAAGAAUUCUCAAAGAAGAAAACACUAAAAAAAUAUCGCUUAAAAUUCUUCGAAAAUACUGUAUGUACCCCUUUAAGAAGUUAAUCACUUCGUGAGCAAUUGAUUAUAAUCGAGUAACAUUCCACGAUACGCCAAGUUCAACGAUUUUCGACUCGACUAUGCUCAUCUAACAUUUAAUUAAAUCAUAGAAAGGUAAAAAGAGACGAUCUAUUGAUUUUCUAACGAAAAUUUCUAUGAGUUAAUUGGUUUUCUCUUUUUCGUAUACCAUCGUAUGUAUUAUAUGAAUAUUGUAAAAGUACAUGAAUUAUAUAGCGAUCGUCGUACUAUGUAUCAAAGCUUUUUUUUAAACGAAUGAAAACAUGAAGCAAACUGUCGAAGGCACAAAAAUACGAAAAUCGUUAAAUGAAGGAUUUUAUUUUGCUUCCGUUUAUUUCGGAAAGAAAGAUAAGCAACAAAUAAAGUGAUUGUUUGUCAGUAAAGCUGUGCUCAAGCUUUCUGUAUUUAUGAAAAUAUCACAAAAAAAGAUGCGCAAGAAUUUAUUCUGUACUUAACUUUUAUACAUGAAAAAAAUAGCACUAUCGAAUAAUCUUUAUAUACGAUGCAAUGUAAAAUAUUACAGUAAUAAAAGGCGUGGAAUUUUUUCGUGUAUAAAAGUCAUCGCGAACAUUUCUUGUAUUACAUACCCAGUCUUUGUAUAAUAUUUUCACAACUACAGUGACUUUACGACUAAGAAAAAUUGUUUGAUUCAACGAUUUUGUACUUGAAUUCUGUUGAAAUAGCGUUUAUCGUAUACCUUUUUAUAUCAUUGAAUCUUUUUGCGUGGGCAUUGUAAUAGUUGUAGCAAAAUUUUAUUUGAACAUUAACAUAUUGAUAAAUUAUACAUUGAUUAUAAGUGAUAAUAUGAUUUAAAAUAUAGCAAAAUAUACUUUUAUACAUGUUUUAUUGCGGCUAACAUUGUAAAAUAACAAAUGAUUUUGUAAUUCUAAAUUAUUGUAAUAAGAGUCAAUUAAUUUUACGAGAAAUAAUUAGCUGUUUUGAAUUCUGUAUUAACUCACGCGAUAUAGCUAUAAUCUCGUCAGCAAAUAAGCAAUGUGUUCUCAGCACAUUCUCAAUACAGUUCAAUGACAAAAUCGUCAAUGUCGUGCAUACUCUCUGCGAUCAAUGUGUGAGAUAAUUAUCGCUACACUUUGAUUUACGUAUAUACAGAAAUGUGCACCGAACGUACCUACUGUGCGAACCUUACAUUCAAUCUUCUACAAAGCAACGCUUCACGUCCGGAUCGAAACGUGAAGAAAAACCAAGAGAUUUACCUAUAGAGAUAUAGAUAAAAGCAAACAAAAAAUCGCAUCAAAUCUACAUUAGAGAAAACGAUCUCUCGAAUCAGAGAAUUUCAAUCUCUGCCGUUUAAUUACUGAGUAAUCGAAAACAAACUGCAAAUUUUUCAGUGCUUUCGAGUGAAUUCAUUGCCGCAAAUCGAAACUUCACUCAAAAAACAAAUUUUCGACAGAGCAAACAGUUUUUCUUUUUCGCAGCGUAAUUCUGUGCGUAUGCGUGUUGCGCAGACGAAUCGCCGAUAAGAUCAAACUGCCGCGCGAAUUUAGAGCGGGAUUUCCAUUUUAGUUGCGCGCGCUAUUCUUUCUCUCUCAGAAGCUCUCGAUCGAGAGGCGUUACGAAAAUACACACGUGAGAGAGAGAGGGAGAGAGAGAGAGAGAGAGAGAGAGAGAGAGAGAGAGAGAUCCAUGCGAAAUCGGUCGACAAAGAAAUAGUCGGAGUGAAUAGAAAGAAAGAAGAACAUCGAAAACUUUUGUACUUUUAAAGCUCGCCACGAGAAGUCAUUGAUUCCUUUCGGUGUAUGUUUGUACAGCCAAAAAUCUUGUUUUUGACGAAGGAGAGAAAAAUUCCUAUCGAGGGCCUAUUAUACAUUCUUUAUUUCGCAAAGUUCCAAAACUUCCGAUCGACCGAUUAGUGUACGCGCACACGUAUGCGAUUUCUUUCAUCUCUGCAGCCCGAUUGAAUGGUAAUUGAUCCAUCGUCGCGAGUUCGAGCAGUAUAGUCGUCACGUGACAAUCACGUGGCGCACUUGUCUCUCUUGCGCGCGCGGAUGUAUAAAUUGCGCGUGGGCUGACACCGCGCACGGCGAGGAAGGAAAAGGAAGGUAUUGAAUCACGAAAAUAAAAGAGAGUGAGAUGUAUACACAAUUACACAAUAGAGCCCAUCAACACACCAUUUGUAAAGCGGCUAGUUUUCGUCUCAUACUUAUAUAGUUGCUUGCAGAUUUUAUAUAUUAUAUAUAUAUACAUUGAAUCGAUUAAUUUAUUGUAACGUCGAUUAUUUUUGUAUCUUUCAUUUAUAUAUCAAUGCAGUCUGUAUAUUUAAUGUGUUCUUUAUAUGAAAAAGUAAAAGGCAUAUGUUUCAAGGGA